ACACACACUCUCUCGUGCAAAUCCAAUACCAUAUCUCUUCACACUAAAAUAGUAAAAUUCACUCUAAAACCUAAUUUUAUCCCCAAUCUCCAUACCGAAGCAUCUCCUUAUUUCCUCAGAUUCCCAUCGCUGUUCAAGUUUCAAGCAGAAUUCGAAAUUUUGAAACAUGAAUAUUCUCCGCUUAUCGGAAGAAUUCGUUUCUUGGGAUUUAACUUCUUCCGAGCUUCUUUGACCUAUUUUUUUCUCGGUUUUCGAAGAGGUUUUGGAGAAAGCGUUGUUGGAAGCUGAUUGAACGAGCAAGGUAAUUGUACCUUGUCUUUCUCAAGAACUUAGCAGCUUGCUUCUGGUGCUUGUAUUGGUUCAUAAGUAUUUUCAUAGAUUUCAGUGAAGAUUGAAUUUUUGAGGAGCUAUCAUGGACUAUGGGCUUUCUGAUAGCAGUGGAACAGAUGAUGAUCUUCCUUCUUCACAGCAAAAUAGGUUUCAGAGAGGGGGUCGCACUGCUGCAGGCAAUGGAAGAUCAGCAGUUGUAGGUUCUGUGGGCAAUAGGAGAUCAGAAGUUGCUCCUUUGCCCAGGAUUCAUGGUGGUGAUAUGGAAACACAAAUCCAUCUGAUUGAACAGGAAGCAUACAGUUCAGUCCUGCGUGCCUUCAAAGCUCAAUCAGAUGCUUUAACUUGGGAGAAGGAAAGUUUAAUAACUGAACUCAGAAAGGAGUUGAGAGUGUCAGAUGUGGAACAUAGAGAGCUUCUAUCCAGGGUUAAUGCCGAUGACAUGAUCCGGAGGAUAAGGGAAUGGAGAACGGCAGGUGGGAUCCAGCCUGGAAUGCUUAGUGCAAGUCAGCCUUUUCGUGACCCUUUACCUAGUCCUACAGUAUCAGGAUCACGCAAGAAACAAAAGAUGUCACAAUCUGUAGCUUCACUGUUGAUGGUUGCACCAUCUCCUGCACUGCAUCCAUCUAUGAAACCGUCUUUAUUGGCCUUGAGGCGAGCCCCCCCUACAGGUGCAAAGAGCAAGAAGUCAAACUCUUCGACGCGGUACCCUUCUGCAGGACUUCCUGGCAGACCCCAGGCUUCUAACUGUAUGUUUUCUGGGGCCUUUACAACAAAUGAACCUGCUGAAGCAGCAACAUAUGAUCCAUUAAUUGGAAGGAAAGUUUGGACAAGGUGGCCUGAAGACAAUCAUUUUUAUGAGGCUGUUAUAACAGACUAUAACCGGGUUGAGGGGCGGCAUGCUUUGGUUUAUGACAUUAAUACAGCGGAUGAAACUUGGGAAUGGGUCAAUCUCAAAGAGAUAUCUCCCGAAGAUAUUAGAUGGGAAGGUGAUGAUCCUGGAAUUUCCAAUAGAGGUGGUCGCCCUGGACCAGGCCUUGGGAUUAAGAAGUCCAUGGGACAUGGUGGUGGGGUGGUUGGAGCAGGCAGAGAUAGGGGGAGUAUAAAGGGUCAGGGCAAGAAGGGUUUCCCUUUGGCCCAAAAUGGUGUUGGGAAAAAGGUUUUGGGUGAUAUUGAGAUACUUCGUACAGAUACUUUAAUAAAGGAGGUGGAAAAAGUCUUUGGUGCAAACCAUCCCGAUCCAAUAGAGAUUGAGAAAGCAAAGAAAGUGUUGAACGAGCAUGAACAAGCACUACUUGAUGCAAUUGCAAGACUUGAAGGUGCAUCCGAUGGUGAAAGUGAUGGUGAGCAUCCAUUUCUCACAAGGACAAUCAAUGGUUCAACCAAGGGCAUGGAGAAAACUGCAGUUUGAUGAGAAUGAUUGAAUCUAAAGGCAUAAACAUGGGAUUUUAGCCAGCUUUAUGUAUCCAGUAGAGGUUGCAGAAGCUUUUGUAUCUUGUUUUAUCCUCUACUUUUUUCUAUCAGCUAGGCUAUUACCCUUUUCAUUGUACAUAAAUCUUUUUGGUUAGAAAGUUCAUUGGAUUUAGUUCAUUGUAACUUCAACUUGACUUGUGUCAACUAGGAAAAUGCUUUGUAUAAAUUUCUUAAAUGUUAGUGAAUGAUAUAUCCCUGACCUUGUAAAAA